CCUUCACGCCUAAAGAUGAAGGCAAGAAGAAACAAAAAACAAGUCCCAAGCUUUCGGAAGUUGAUAAAAACUAGUAAAGUCAAACUUGAAAACAAGCUAAAAAAUAAGCAGUAUAAACAACAAAGCACUGUCAAGAAGUAUCGGAAAGAACAGAGGAAAUUAAGGCAGGCUGUAAAAGAUGCUGUGUCUAAGAAACCGGUUCCACUGGAGGACCCAAAGGGAAAACGACCAGGUAAAAGGAUUGAGAGGGAAGAGGAGGAAGAAGAGGAGGCCCUUCCCUUAGACAUGAUGGAUGAAGAUGACUUACAGUUAAUGAAAGAUUUAGGACAAAGAGCAUCUUUUCUAACAAGAGAUCUUUCUUCCAGUGAGGCAGUUCACAGCAAGAAACGAAAGCAUGAAGGCAUUAUAGAGAAAUAUGAAAAAAUACCGAGGAGUCUGCACACUGCACCAGAGAAAGAACUGAUUCACUUGCUUCCUAUCAAAGAUAAAAGUGGUAUCAUCCCACAGACCAGAGAGAAGCCAGUUAUUGACAGUAACAAAGAUGAAGAGGAUCAAGAAGAGGAGCUGGCACUUGAAGAAGAGCUCAUUCAAGAUCCCGUUCCAGAGCUGACUUUAGAAGAACAUUUAAUUGAGAGAAAGAGGAAACUGCAGGAGAAGAAAAUGCAUAUUGCAGCAUUGGCUUCUGCCAUAAUAUCAGAUCCAGAAAGUAAUAUUAAAAAAUUGAAAGAAUUGCGAUCCAUGCUAAUGGAACAGGACCCUGAUGUGGCUGUUACUGUCCGAAAACUGGUGAUAGUUUCUUUGAUGGAAUUAUUUAAGGACAUUACCCCUUCAUAUAAAAUCAGACCCCUAACAGAAGCAGAAAAAUCUACCAAGAUCCGCAAAGAAACCCAGAAAUUACGAGAAUUUGAAGAAGGCCUGGUUAGUCAGUACAAAUUUUAUUUGGAAAAUCUGGAGCAAAUGAUUAAAGACUGGAAGCAAAGGAAGCUGAAGAAAAGUAAUGUCGUCUCCUUAAAGGCAUAUAAAGGACUGGCAGAGGUGGCUGUGAAGGGCUUGUGUGAGCUCUUGGUGGCACUGCCUCAUUUCAACUUUCACAACAACAUCAUUGUGUUGAUUGUCCCUCUUAUGAAUGACAUGUCAAAAUCGGUUUCUGAUAUGUGUUGUGAGGCAGUGAAGAAGCUCUUUAAACAGGAUAAGUUAGGCCAGGCUUCCCUUGGUGUAAUAAAAGUCAUUUCUGGUUUUGUGAAAGGAAGAAAUUAUGAAGUUAGGCCAGAGAUCUUAAAAACAUUCUUGUGUCUGAGAAUCAAGGAAGUAGAAGUGAAAAAAGACACUGAGGACAUUAAUAAACCAAAAAAGUUCAUGACCUUCAAGGAAAAAAGAAAAACACUGUCAAGAAUGCAGAGAAAGUGGAAGAAAGCCGAAGAGAAACUUGAGCGAGAGCUUCGAGAGGCUGAAGCUUCAGAGAGUACUGAGAGAAAACUUAAAUUGCAUACAGAGACUCUGAAUAUUGUGUUUGUAACCUACUUCAGAAUAUUGAAGAAGGCCCAGAGGUCACCCCUCCUGCCAGCAGUUCUGGAAGGACUUGCCAAGUUUGCUCACCUUAUAAAUGUGGAGUUUUUUGAUGACUUAUUAGUAGUUCUACAUACUCUCAUUGAGUCUGGUGACCUAAGCUACAGAGAAAGUCUUCACUGUGUACAAACUGCUUUUCAUAUUCUUUCCGGCCAGGGUGAUGUUCUCAAUAUUGAUCCCAUGAAAUUUUAUACACAUCUCUACAAGACACUGUUCAAGUUACAUGCAGGUGCUACCAACAGCGGCGUUGAGAUUGUGCUCCAGUGUCUGGAUGUUAUGCUCACUAAGCGCAGAAAGCAGGUUUCUCAACAGCGAGCCCUUGCCUUCAUCAAGCGCCUGUCUACUCUGGCUCUUCACGUUCUUCCAAAUGCAAGCAUUGGUAUUUUAGCAACUCAAAGAAUAUUAAUGCAUACCUUCCCCAAAACAGAUCUGUUGCUUGACAAUGAAUCUCAGGGGAGUGGAGUCUUCCUCCCUGAACUGGAUGAACCCGAGUACUGUAAUGCUCAGAACACGGCCCUUUGGGAAUUGCACGCGCUACGGAGACAUUACCAUCCCAUAGUGAAGAGUUUUGCAGCUAACCUGAUCGCAGGCGCACCUUCUGAAGGCUCUGCAGCGCUCAAACCAGAGUUGAGCCGGAGAACUGCUACUGAGCUUUUCGAGAUGUACAGCAUGGCCGCAAUGACCUUUAAUCCUCCUGUUGAAUCUGUGAACUCCAAAAAGAAGGAUAAGGUUUUACAAGGCGAUUCAUUUUUGAAUGAAGAUUUAAAUCACCUAAUCAAAAGACAUUGCACUCAAGUUGCUACUCAUUUUCCUCAAGAUUUCACCAAAUAUUUGGAAACAUCGUUACGAUAGUGAAAGAAUGAAGU